GAGGAAAUGUGUUGGAACUGGGAGCUAACUGGAUACAUGGAGUGCUCACGAAUCCAGUGUUUGAGAUGGCUUACAAGAUGGGUCUCGUUAACAUCCACAAAGGCAAGAGCAGGACGUAUAACGUGAUGGCGUGCACGGAUGUGGGCGGAUUCGUUCCCGUCCCAGUCGUCGACGAGGUUCGGCGCCACUACUACCAGCUCUUCAACGUCGCCUGCCAGUACCACACGCUGCGCUCGCCCCUCAACGGCCUCGCCAGCGUCGGCGAGUUCCUGCGGCGCGAGUGCGACCGCUGGCUGGCCGACAACUGGCCGACAGACGGCGCUGAGCGGCGGCGACGUCGCGUCGUGUUCGCGCAGCUCAUGCGUCGGGAGACGUCGAUAUGCGGCGUCGAUUCCCUCGACGAGCUGGACUUGGCGGAGAUCGGGAGCUACGCUGAGCUGCCCGGCGGCAACGUACGCAUCGACGACGGUUACGCCAACAUCGUCGCCGGCAUCGCCGACCAGCUACCAGAGGGCGUUGUCGAGCUCGGACGCGCCGUGACGCGGAUCGUGUGGGAGGGCGGAGAAGGGGAGGGGGAGGGGGUGAGGGUGGAGUGUGGGGAGGAGACUACGUAUCGCUGUGAACGCGUGCUCGUCGCCGUGUCGCUCGGUUACCUUCAGCGCCACCAGGCGGCGCUGUUCGAUCCGUCGCUACCGGAGGAGAAGGUCGCUGCGAUGUCUCGCAUCGGCUUCGGCAACGUCAACAAACUGUUCCUCGAGUUCGCUCCCGGAGAGAUGUCGUUCCUGGAUCCGACGCUGCACGAGGUACUGAUGCUGUGGGGUGCGGAUGGAGAGUGGACUGAGGAUGCGGGAGAUAGGAAGCCCCCAGUCACGGCCGACAACUGGUACAAGAAGAUUUACUCGUUCAAGGUGGUGGCGCCUAACGUGCUGUGUGGCUGGCUGGCGGGCAGAGAGUCGGAGUUCAUGGAGACACUCACAGAGGACGAGGUCCUGGAGACGUGCUGGGCUCUACUCAAGCGAUUCCUCACCAACCCGGACGUACCGCGGCCGAUCUCCUGCAAACGGUAG